AUUGAGCUGCGGAAAGGUUGCAGAUGUAACCCGGGGUUUGGCCGUCUCUGGGAAGGUUGAACCUCCUACCCAGUUGUCCCUGGUCUUCCCUGUUCCAUUGCGAGGUCUGGCGUUCUAGCCUCCGUUCCGAAGCAUUUGUCCUGCUUCCCGCUUCAUCUGGGAAAUCAUCCAUAUCCUAGCUUCCUGAAAGCCUUGAACCCUACUUACUAAACUUUUCUCCGUGCUCCCCUGGUAUCAGGACCGUUUUUGUGUUAAAACAUCAUUCAUUAUGCCCCAGAUUAAGUGUCCUUGGGACAGGCUGACUGAAAUGUUGCCAUCUUAUGAUGGGUUGAAGGAACAAGUUCAAGUUGAGGGGUAUGGCAAGGGACAGGAGGCCCUGUUCUGAGCUUUCCUAGCGUGACUAGCUGGGAAGCCAGUGACCCUGGGGGAGGGCACACCAGACUUUCUACAACUUAAAGGAGAGUUCAACGCUACCUGUGAAGAUGGCCCUCAGAGCUGCAGCUGGGGAGUGUGCUGGCCCACUUGACAGCCUACAACUUCCUCUCACUUCUCAAUGGAAUGUCUACUGCCCCCAGCCUCCACUUUGGAAAAUGGGCAAAGAGAGAAUGAGGAAACCUAAGACGGAAACAGAGUGACUUCAUGACAGAAUGGCUCAACUCCCUGCUUGGGCAGCCGUGCCCCAAGUGAGCCCUGGCAGAGCUUGAUCCUAAGUACCCUAUCAGGCCUUUGUGACACUGACCACAAACGAUGCCUACGCCAAAGGAGCCCUGGUCCUGGGCUCGUCUCUGAAACAGCACAGGACCACCAGGAGGCUGGCCGUGCUCGUCACCCCGCAGGUCUCGGACUCCAUGAGGAAAACUUUAGAGACUAUCUUUGAUGAAGUCAUCACGGUAGAUGUCUUGGACAGUGGUGAUUCUGCUCAUCUAACCUUAAUGAAGAGGCCUGAGUUGGGCAUCACGUUAACUAAACUCCACUGCUGGUCUCUUACACAGUAUUCAAAAUGUGUAUUCAUGGAUGCAGAUACCCUGGUCCUAGCAAAUAUCGAUGAUCUUUUUGAGAGAGAAGAAUUGUCGGCGGCACCAGACCCAGGGUGGCCUGACUGCUUCAAUUCUGGAGUCUUUGUUUAUCAGCCUUCAGUUGAAACGUACAAUCAGCUGUUGCACCUUGCUUCUGAGCAAGGUAGUUUUGAUGGUGGGGACCAGGGUUUACUGAACACGUUUUUUGGCAGCUGGGCAACAGCAGAUAUCAGAAAACACCUGCCAUUUAUUUAUAACCUAAGCAGCGUUUCUAUAUACUCCUACCUCCCAGCAUUUAAAGCAUUUGGUGCAAAUGCCAAAGUUGUGCAUUUCCUAGGACGAAUCAAACCGUGGAAUUAUACUUACGAUCCUCAAACAAAAAGUGUCAGAAGUGAGUCCCACGAUCCCACUGUGACUCAUCCAGAGUUUCUCAACCUGUGGUGGGACAUCUUCACUACCAGCGUUUUACCUCUGCUUCAGCAGUUUGGCCUUGUCAAAGACACCCGCUCAUACGUACACGUGCUUUCAGACUUGGUCUAUACACUGGCUUUCUCUUGUGGCUUCUGUAGAAAGGAAAAUGUCUCAUCAGCCGUAUCACAGCUGUCCCUUGGGGAGAUCCCGGCUACGGCACAGCCUUUUGUAUCCUCAGAAGAACGGAAGGAGCGGUGGGAACAGGGCCAGGCUGAUUACAUGGGAGCAGAUUCCUUUGACAACAUCAAGAGGAAGCUGGACACUUACCUCCAGUAGAAACACUGCCCUUUUCCGUGGACACAUCCACUUCACAGGCACUUGUUUCCGAUACUUAGUAUCUAGAGCUGGGUUAAGAAAGGUCUGUUACAGUUGUUAGAGGCUUUCAUUAAAAUCCAUCAGACGUGGGUGGGGGGUCUUGCAGGACAACUGGUGAGAGCUGGGCAAAAGUUAAGUAGCAAUUCUGUGAUAUGAAGGACAGUUCUGCUUUUUAACCCUCAGCUUGUAUUUCAGAAAUUCUCAGUUAUGCCGAUUGCCAACGUACGUGGUAAGGGACACUCAAAUCUUAAGCGGUUAAGACGGCUGUUAUCAACUCUUAAAAUGUGCCAAGCCAGGCUCCAAAUCAGUCUCCCUUCAGAUGGGGACACAGCACCUGUCUCUUGCUUGCUUGUUGUGCCCUUCACUAGACCUGCAUUUUAGAAUCGCCCAGACGCUGCCAGAGUGAUUGUAAUUCUGCUUUCAGGUAAAGACAGCCUAUAAGAACACUGCUGAGUGACUCAUCAGCAUAUCAACAAAUGGUGUUAACCCAUUUUAUUUCCUAGUCUUAGUGUCUGAAGAUGUUCACCAGUUUUCUAUGUACAGUAAGGCGGCAUGCUAAAAUGCUUUCGUUCAGUUCUGUAUAUCUGAAAACAGCAGUGUGAUGGUUACCUACAGUGGCACCUUGUAUGAAAAAUAAAGAUUUCUUGACAUAU